AUGGCAGACUCCGACGAGGAUGCUCUGGAGGUUGACAAGGUUUCCUCACAGACUAUCCCAAAGCCACGAGUGAUUUCAAUCCCAAAGGGGACUUUGCAGUCCAUCUUUGGGACCAGCCGGGUGUUCCAGGACUUCUAUGAUGUAAAAACAAAGGUUGAGGAUUUGACAGUGCCCCUCAAAGUCAGGGAGUACUACCACCAAGGCCAGCUGUGUUUGCAGAAAGCGGACUGGGAGAUGGCCGUGCUGUUCUUCUCCCGAGCCCUCCACCUGGAUCCCCAGCUGAUAAACUUCUAUGCCUUGCGGGCUGAGGCCUACAUCCAGCUCUGUGACUUCUCCUCGGCCGCUCAGAACCUGCGAAAGGCCUGUUCAGUUGAGCCAGAGAACUCCAAAUACCUGGAGCGGCUCACCUUCGUGCUUUACCUGCAGCCCAACCUCUGCUACCAGGACCUGCACAGCGCCUUGCUGCUGGAACCCAACCACCUGCAAGCCAAGUUACUGCUCAGGAAGAUGGUGGAGCAGGCCCAGCAGGCAUGCCAAGAUGCAGGGAUCCUGGCCGUGCAGGGGAAACUGCAGCAUGCACUGCAGCGCAUCAAUUGUGCCAUCCAGAACAACCCCCUGGACCCCAGCCUCUUCCUCUUCCGGGGCACCAUGUACCGAAGGAAGGGGGAGUUUGACCGAGCGGUGGAAGACCUCCUGAAGGUGCUGGACAUGGUGACCGACAGCCAGGAGGACAUGGUGCAGCAGGCACAGCGCCAGUUGCUGCUGGCCUACAACGACUUUGCGGUGCGCUGCUACGUGCAGGGCGCCUAUCAGGAGGGCGUGCUCCUGCUGAACAAAGCCCUCAGGGACGAACAGCAGGAGAAAGGCCUUUACAUCAACCGAGGCGAUUGCUUCUUCCAGCUGGGCCACCUGACCUUUGCUGAGGCGGACUACAAGCAGGCACUGGCGCUGAGCCCGCAGGACCAGGGCGCCAACAUGCGCAUGGGGCUGCUGCAGGAGAGGAUGGGCGCCUGCGAGCAGAGGCGCAGGCAGUUCCAGAAGGCAGAGGACCACUUCUCAGUGGCUAUCCAGCACAACCCCCAAAAGGCCCAGUACUACCUAUACCGGGCCAAGAAUCGGCAGCUCCUGCAGGACAUUUUUGGGGCCCGCCAGGAUGUUGCCACUGUCCUCCUUCUCAACCCCAAGCAACCCAAGGUACUCCCGCUGAUGACCACCCUCUUCCCGGAUAUGUCAGUGGAGGAGGUGCUUUGUACCAAGGUGGCCCACCUGGCCAGGGUGCAGCUGCAGCGGAUGAUGGAGAGCAGUGAGCAGGCCAGCAGCCUGCAAGGCAUUGUGGGCGUGCUCAGGGAGCGGGAAUUACAGCGCCAGAAGGUCCGGGACCUGCAGCUUUUGUGGAAGCUGGAAGAGCCUCUGUUUGAGGCCUCCAAAAAAUGGAAGGCCACGGCCCAGACCCCGGAUGAGGUACAGCCAGAAAGCCCAAAGGGAGAGGCAGAGGCCCCCAUGGAGGAAGAGAAAAAGGAAGAGGAAGAGGAAGAGGAAGAGGAGGAGGAAGAGAAAGAGGGAGAGGAAGAGGAAGAGGAAGAGAAAGGAGAGGUGACGUCCCUGACAGAGGCUUACCCCGACCAGACCUCCUCAGGCUCCAUCUUGUGCUUCAGGACCACAAGCGCCUCAGAGACAGAGAUGUCGACGCUCUACUAUGGAGAUAAGAGCACUUCAGCCACUGCUGUGACAAGCUCUGAGUCUUCAGUGCUGAAGAUUCAAUCCUCUGGAAGCAGGGAGGACCAAUACCUGAGCCGCAGCUCCAGAAAAGCCAAGACUUCCCUGAGCCCAAGGCAGAGCUCUAGCAAGACUCAGGGCACCAAGGGAAAGAAGAAGAGCACCAGAAAGACUGAGACCACCAAGGAACAGAAGCAGAGCGCCAGCAAGACUGAGGUCACCGAGGAACAGAAACAGACCAGCAAGACUGAGGCCACCAAGGGACAGAGGCAGAGCAUCAGCAAGACCGAGUCCACCCAGGAACAGAGGCAGAGCAUCUGCAAGACUGAGGCCACCAACAGCCCCAGGCAGAGACUCAGGAAGAUCAGGGUCACCCAAGCUGCAAGACAGAGGCUUAGAAAGACUGCAGCUGCCCGUGGCUGGAGCUGGAAGUCCGGCAAAACUGAUAUCACCCAGGGCAGGGGACUGAUGCGAAGUUGCAGCAGGAUCAGGGCUUCCUUUGACCUAGGUUCAAACCCCAGUGAAACUGAGGCCACCCAGAGCCAAAGCCAGAGGCUGGACAAGGCUGAGGCUGCCUGGAGAAGGCAUUAG